CGGCCCCGGCGGCGGGGCGGGGCGCGGGGCGGUGCGGGGCCGGCGGGCUCGGCGGGCCCUGGCCGCGGGGCGCUGGGCUGCGCCGCCGAGCCGCGGCGGAGGAUGCGGCGGAGCCGGGCGCCGCGGCUGGUGCUGGCCGCCUGCCUCGGCUCGUUCCUGCUCCUCGUCUUCUACUUCCAGAGCAGCCUCAACCCAGCUGCAGAAGAUGGGGAUAUGAGAUCCACCUGGCAGGGGAAGGCCGGUCGCAGCCCACUCCAGGCCCUGUAUGACAGUGACCAGUUUGAGCAGUCAUCCCUGCAGGUCAUUCACCAGCAGAGACGAGAGCUGUUGAGCAACAUCUGCAACCGUUACACCCGCAAGCGGCGACUUCUGCGGCCGGACGACUUGCGGCACUUGGUGGUGGAUGACACACAUGGGCUGCUCUACUGCUACGUGCCCAAAGUGGCCUGCACUAACUGGAAGCGGGUGAUGAUGGUCCUGACGGGGCAAGGCAAGUACCGGGACCCACUGGAAAUCCCCGCCAACGAGGCUCACGUCUCAUCCAACCUGCGCACCCUCUCUGAGUAUAGCAUCCCUGAGAUCAACCACCGCCUGCGCAGCUACCUCAAGUUCAUCUUUGUGCGGGAGCCCUUUGAGCGCCUGGUCUCAGCAUACCGCAACAAGUUCACCCGCAGCUACAACACAGCCUUCCACAAGCGCUACGGGACCAAGAUCAUCCGGCGGCACCGGCAGGAGCCCAGCGACAAGGCCCUGGAGCGCGGGGAUGACGUGCGCUUUGAGGAGUUUGUCUACUACCUGCUGGAUCCACGGACGCAGCGGGAGGAACCCUUCAAUGAGCACUGGGAGCGGGUGCACUCACUCUGCCACCCCUGCAUCGUCCACUACGACGUGGUGGGCAAGUAUGAGACCUUGGCCGAAGAUGCCAACUACAUCCUCCAGCUGGUUGGGGCUGACACGAGUGUCAAGUUCCCGUCUUCAUCCAAGACCACCAGGACGACGGACGACAUGACGGCCCAGUUCUUCCAGGACAUUAGCCCUUUCUACCAAAGGAGACUCUUUAAUUUAUACAAAAUGGACUACUUGCUGUUCAAUUACUCCAUCCCCUCGUACCUCCACAUCCGAUGAGGCAGGGACUGGGGGGAGAGGUGAGGGAGAGCUGGGUAACUCUCAUCUUGCCACAAUUCCUCUCCUCCCACCCUGUGCUCAUCUCUUGGUUGACCUCGACCCCGUGCCCUCUCUGUUAUGGUCUGCUCCACAUCCUGAUGCCUCAUUCAUGCAUGGUCUGGAGGGAGGACACCUCUCAAAACACUGGCGCUGGAGCUUUUCCUUGCCUUUCCCUCCCACCCUUCAACAUCUACAAGGGCUGGUGGUGGGACCGACACUGCUGGGUAGGAGGGAUUGCCUUGGUUGGGGACUUUCUUUUAACUAAGAGACUACUUUGUAGAUCCUAGUCUUGGGAAGGCUGCUUUUUCGGGCAGGAUCCCUUCAGGUCUUUCUCCUCCUUACUGGGCUGUUGGGGCCGGCCAUGGCGUCUCUGGGGGCAGAGGGGAGUGUGUCAGAGACUUGCAUAGAAACAGAAAUAAAGCAAUAAUUUAAUGUAAGUUUUUCCUUUAA